AUGGUAGAAAUCCCAGAGAUCCUUGGCGAAAGAGGUGAAGAGGAAGUGAAUCCGUUAGGGGUAAUUGUUUUCCUUCAUUCGCACGAAUAAAUAGGGAUGAUUUCACUUUGACAAUUUGCACGACAAAUUUAUGAGAUUCAUCGCCGAUUCGUCGUCGGUGUAUAAUUGUAGUUGUACGAAGGUGACAGAAAUGAGAAAGGUGACAGACACGGUCGUGGGAAAGCUCUGCUUCCAAAUGGCGACAUGUACGUCGGACAGUAUUGCAAAGGAUUCAGGCACGGUCAAGGACUUUACAUAUUUAAAAACGGCGCUCGUUACGACGGUGAAUGGAGACAAGGCGUUAAAUAUGGCCAAGGAACAUUUUGGUAUCCCGACGGAACGCGGUACGAAGGUGAGAAACGACGAAGGUGCGACGAGUAGCACCAGAAAAUGACCAAUUUCGGAUCUUGCUACCAAAACGAAACAGAAGGAAUCGUUAAUAACAUCGGAUAACUACCAAAAUGAUGAAAAUGACGAAUUUAUAAUUUAUAUUAGAUGUAAAACAGUGUAUUUUCGGAGAUUUAAAUAAUUUCCCACAA